AUGAUUUUAGUGAAAGGUCCUCGCCUAUCAUUGUUUUCAAAUAAAGUUGGAGAUGGCUUGCAAUGUAGCCGUUGGUAUCCAAAUCAUAAAAUUGGAAAUAAACCUUUAUGGUCUAUGCUUCAAGAAAUCAAGGAUGACAAGAAAAAUAAAUCAGAAGAACGUUGGAAUUUGAUAAACAAAUUGUUUUUGCCCCUUCCUCAAUGGCGCAGGGAAGAAACAGUAUUAGUAUACUGCAUGAAUGAGUUGAAAAUGGAAGAUGAACUAAAUUUGUCGAGUUGUCUUAACCAUAUUUUUGAUGAAUUUAAUCGCCCAGAGACUAAUAACAAACACCUAAAAUCCAAACACUUGAAAUUGUUUAAAAACAGUAUGAAAGCAAAAGAGCGAUCUAAAUUGUUGGAAUUGCUGAUUAAAAACAGAAAUCAAUCACUAGCUGAGAGGCUUUAUUUUGCCUUAAAUUCAGCGGAAUCAGAUUUUGACAUAAUAUAUGACAUCAUUUUGGCCCGCACCAAAUAUGAAUUGCACCAAAUUAUUGUCAAAUAUGAUAUUGUUUCUUCAAGUUUAAUGGAGAAUAAAGACUUUAAAAGUUUCAAAACAAAAAUUAAAAAUACAAACGAAGCAAUUUCACAACUGGAAAUUCAUUUGCAUUAUAAAAUGGCUAAGGAAAGAGCUGAUGACCAUAAAGAAAUAUGGCAAAUUCUAAUUAAUCGAGUGAGAUCUGUCUCUGACAAACUUAUCUUUGAUGAAGAUGAAGUUCGAAAGGUAUUGUAUUUCUAAGAUCGAGAUUUUUAAGUAGUACAAGGAUAAUUUUCGAUAUUUAUUUUGAUGGGUGCCAGUAGAUA